UAGAAUACAGCAUGAACAUUGAGCCGUAUUCACAUUUGAAAGGUUCCAGUCGGAGGGAGCUGCUUUCCUUGGAGAGUAUGGUUGCUGUCUUGAUCCCGUACUCGAUGGUUUCCGGCGCAUUCACUGUCAGACUGGACUAGCUUGUCACCAUGUGCAGCAUUUCCUCAAAAGGGCUUGAUAACAACUUUGUGGCGUACUAUAGUCAUCACAUACGCCUCCCAAGCCUCUAUAAAAUAUGCGUUAACAUAUCGAAGCCUCGGACGAAACAGGACUGCAACUAUAUCUCCCGGGUCAACCACAAUUCCAUGAUCGUCCGCAACGGGCUUUUAAAACACGUCGACGUCAACCAGCUGAUGCAAUUGGAGUGGAACCGCAGGGCGCGCAUCCGCGAGCGUCUGGUGGCAUCACAGACAAUCGAGGACGAUUCCUCGGCCGAAGAUGACAUGUCAAACUGGAGCAACGAGAAGCGCAGCAAGAUUUUUGAAAAGGCGCAAGAUGAGUAUAACACCUGGGUUGUUGACGAAAACUCCGUCGUUGUACCGUACAAGCAAUACGCCUGGACCUCUUUGGGCAUUGCGGCCACCCUCGUGAUCGGCGGGCUGGCCUUUGGAUUCAGCAUCGGCGAAAGGAUAGAGGGUGUAGAUCCUUUCAACAUCAGCGUCUUCUGCUGGGUUUUGGCGGCGUUCAUGCUUGUGUUAGUCAAGGCCGUCCGGGUCGAAUACUGGUCUUGGCAUCGUUUUCUCCGUGGGGAGGUGGCAUGCCGGUCGAUUACAGAAGUCGUCUCCGUCACAGGCAUGAAUCCUCAGGUUCUGCUGGUGAUCCUACUUCGACUUGAUGAUCGUAUGUUUCUCCAGACCCGGGGUCCAUUCAACGCCAUGUUCCGGCGCCACACAGAUGACCCCCAGAGUGGGUUUUCGAUCAACGUCCCGAUCAAGGCGACAACUGCCUUCGAAGGUGGACUCAUACCGGUGGUAGUGCAAGGCGAACAGGACAUUGGAUUGGUGCUCCUGCGAGGCAACUCUUGGGCAACGUUCAACUCCGUCAAGAACCAGCAAACUUUUGAAAACGGGCUACACUGCCGCGAUAUCCAGCAUCCAGGGUCAUGGGCCCCGAAUAAAUUGGUGCCUUGUUACCGACUUUCUAGGGGUGACAUGAAGGUGGUGCGAGUGCUCGACGUGUACGGGGUGGACAGCUACCUGUACUAGCUAGCUCAUGAUCACAAUUUGUUC